AUGGCGCGCAACUCCGGCCAGGUCUGCCACUACUUCUUGCAGGGCCACUGCCGCUUCGGCGACAACUGCUGGAACGAGCACCCGCGCCAACACGCCGGCAGAGCCAACGCGGGUUCCGGUCGAAGAGUAGCAUGGAGUGGACAUAAUCAGAGAUACAGUAACCCUGUACAGACAUCCAGUUUUUCCAAGUCAACCAGCUGGCACAACAGAGAUUCUGGCUUUUCACAGAAUAGAUAUGCUGCAUUAAAUUCCAAUGAAAAUGUUGGUAAUAGUGGCAUUGUAGAUGAGGAAGAUAAACUUCUUGAAAUUAUAACGAAAGACAUGGAGAGUUGGGAAUCUUCAGGACAAUGGAUGUUUUCCACCUAUUCACCUAUGAAAGAAAAGCCGAAUAUAUCAGGGUUUCCAGACUUCUUGCCAGAAGAGUUGCGUCUUGAAUAUUAUAAUAGCAGAGCAAACAACAAUGUACAAAAUUAUAUCAAUUCAGUCCAGCAGUUAGCAAGCCAGUGGAGAAGUCGGUUGCUUGAGCUGAAGAAUAUAAAUGCAUCUACUAAAGCGGCAUUGAUAUCUGAGUUUAAGAACACGGCUAGUCAGCCACCACCUGCAUUUGGGUUUGGAGGACAGCAGGCAUCGGCUUUUGGAUCAUCAGCCUUUCCUGUGGAUAAUAAAUCUGCUCAAGCCUUCUCCUUCAAACCAGCUUCUGAACUUGGCAGCAUCUCCUCUGGAAGCACACCUGCGUUUGGGAGCCUCACAAGCAGCCAGGGCACCGCAUCUUCCACCACUGCGCCCCAUGCCGUCAGCUUUGGAGAUCAACCUGCUUCAUCGGCAUCUUCCUUUUCAUUUAAAAUGGCUACAACCACUCCAGGUGGGUUUGGAGCUUCUGGUUUUUCAGGGUUUGGCAAACCUUUUCCAGCAAGUUCUCCGGAGACUGCACCUGCAUCGGUGUUUGGGACAGCGGCCAUUACCCCUGCUUUGAAUCCCGGAUUUGGCAAAUCUUUUCCUGCCAGCUCCUCAGACUCCACAUCUGCUUCGGUGUUUGGAACAGCUGCUGCUUCCGCUUCUUUGAAUUCGGGGAACACACUGUUUGGGCAGCCGGCAAGUCUCUUUGGGGGUAAUGCAACAUUGCCCCCUUCCACAACCCCUCCCAGCACCACCUCUGCAAAGUUAUUUACCUCAGAGUCGGAACUGUCUGCUGAAGAACUGGAGCAAUUUAAGGCGAAGAAAUUCACACUCGGAAAAAUUCCUUCCAAGCCACCACCAGCAACACUUCUAAAUCUGUAACGUGGCCUGAGGUUGUUCUUACUAUCUUUCCCUGUGUGUGCGAAUAUCAGAGACACUUUGAUUUAAUCCUUCGGAAGUUAAAUUCAUCUAUGGCUCACCAUA